AUGUUCUGGACAAUCCCCGUUGCACUGGCUCUCGCCUCUGGGGCUUCUGCCCACACUGCUGCCUUUAUCAAGGGCAUGUACUGCGAGGGUGGUCCCGACCCCAACAACUACAACGCCAACUCCAACACUCCCGUGAACCCCCUCUAUGAUCUUCCCUUUGAGCAGUGGUGGAUGCAGGCCGAUCGUGGCUGCAACAAGGCUCCUCCUCCUAACGGUGCCUCCGUUGCUCUGCCUGCUGGUGGCCAGUUCACUGUUGAGCUUGCCCACAACCAGGCUCAGACCAGCUUGUCCUUCAACGGACAGUUCGCUGGCGAGUGGCCUGAUGGCCAGAGCCACCCCGAGAACUGGCAGGGUCCUGGUAGCCCUCCUGACUGCAUUCAGGAUGAUGGUGCCAUGCACACCCAGAACCAGACCAUGGCUGCUGGUACUGCCUGGGCCAUUUCCUACCAGUCGGACAUCACCAAGGUGACCCUGGACAACCUGGUUGUCUUCUCCGUUCUUGAGCACACCCCCUGGAAGCGUAUUGCUACCUACGAUGUUCCCAAGGACCUCCCUGCCUGCCCGGCGGGUGGCUGCUACUGCGCCUGGCUGUGGGUUCCCAACGGAUGUGGCACGCCCAACAUGUACAUGGCCAACUACCGAUGCCACGUCACCAACACCAGCUCUACAAAGACGGUUGCUCAGGCUAAGCCUCCUGUCUGGUGUGGCAACGAUUCAUCCAAGUGCCUGCCCGGUGCUAAGCAGAUGAUUGCUUGGAACCAGGCUACCGGCAACAACGUCCAGGUUCCCAACGGCGCUUCUCCCGCUUACGGCAGGAACAUGGGCUGGACUCCUGGUGCGCAGAACGACAUCUUUGCCUAA